AGCUGGCGCUGGCCGUGCGCAUGACGCUGCGUAGCGGGCUGCGAGGCUGGGGGCGGAGGGGCUGGGGAGUCGGGCGCGUUAUAUUCGUUUGCUGUUGGGCUGGCGGCGUUGCCGGCCUGGGGCAGCCGGGGAGCGAGCGGUCAGGAGCCGACCUUCCUGCUAGCCGCGCUGUGACGGCUUUUCGGCUUUGCCCUCCUUGCUGAGGUCCCCGCUGCCAGGCUCCGGCCCCAGAGUGCUCUUCAUCUGGUUCUGUUUCGAUGCCUGGCAAACUCCUGUGUCUUCUUUGAACUAUGGCUCUAAUGUCACCUCCGUGAGGACUUAUUCAACUUCUCUAAAUGUGAAGUAGUCUGAUCAGUCAUGGUCCCCUGAACAGGGCUUACAAGGACCUUGUUUUCAUCCUUUCUCACCCAUGAAGUGCUCCAUUCUCGUCCUUCAAGACUCAGGUCACAUACCUUCUGUUCUGUGAAACCUUUGCACCUCUUAAUGAUCUCUUCUGUCUCUGCACUUCAGACAACACGAUGGUGGGCGAAGAGAAGACGUCUGUAAAAAAACGGCUGUCGAAGUCCAGUAAACAUGCUGAGGAAAAGGAAGAAGGCCAGAGAGACUGUACAGAGGAGUCCCAAGAGACACCUAGUAACGGUCGGAUUGAUUUAAAACAGCUGAUAGCAAAGAAGAUACAGUUGACAGCAGAGGCAGAGGAAUUGAAGCCCUUUUUUAUGAAGGAAGUUGGCAGUCACUUUGAUGAUUUUGUGACCAAUCUCAUAGAAAAAUCUGCAUCAUUAGACAAUGGUGGUUGUGCUCUCACAUCCUUUUCUGUUCUUGAAGGAGAGAACAGCCACAGAGCUAAAGAUCUGAGAGCACCUCCAGAACAUGGAAAGAUUUUUGUUAUAAGGCGAUCUCUCUUAGAUGAGCUGUUUGAGGUGGACCACAUCAGAACGAUAUAUCACAUGUUCAUUGCCCUCCUCAUUCUCUUCAUUCUCAGCACACUUGUAGUAGAUUACAUUGAUGAAGGAAGGCUAGUGCUUGAGUUCAAUCUCAUGUCUUAUGCUUUUGGCAAACUUACUGUUGCUAUGUGGACGUGGUGCACCAUGUUCUUAUGUACACUUACAGUUCCCUAUUUCCUGUUUCAACGCUGGGCCAGAGGCUAUCACAGGAGUUCUCAUCCAGUAGUCCAUUCUGUCUUGCAUUGCUUCCUUUUUGUGGUCUUCCAGAUUGGAGUUCUAGGUUUGGGACCACUUUAUGUUGUAUUAGUGUAUACACUACCACCAGCUUCCCGAUUCAUUGUUAUACUCGAACAGAUUCGUUUUAUAAUGAAGGCCCACUCAUUUGUCAGAGAGAAUGUGCCUCGGGUACUCAAUUCAGCCAAGGAGAAGUCAAGCACUGUUCCAGUACCCACAGUCAACCAGUACUUGUACUUCUUAUUUGCUCCUACCCUCAUCUACCGUGACAACUAUCCCAGGACUCCCAUUGUAAGAUGGGGUUACGUGGCUAUGCAGUUUGCACAGGUUUUUGGUUGCUUUUUUUAUGUGUACUACGUCUUUGAAAGGCUCUGCACCCCCUUGUUUCGGAAUAUCAAACAGGAGCCCUUCAGCGCUCGUGUUCUGGUCUUAUGUAUAUUUAACUCCAUCUUGCCAGCUGUGCUGAUACUGUUCCUUAGUUUUUUUGCCUUUUUGCACUGCUGGCUCAAUGCCUUUGCUGAGAUGUUACGCUUUGGUGACAGGAUGUUUUAUAAGGAUUGGUGGAACUCCACAUCAUACGCUAACUAUUACAGGACCUGGAAUGUGGUGGUCCAUGACUGGCUAUAUUACUAUGCUUACAAGGACUUUCUCUGGUUUUUCACAAAGAAGUUCAGGUCAGCUGCCAUGUUAGCUGUCUUUGCUGUGUCUGCUGUAGUGCACGAAUAUGCCUUGGCUGUUUGCUUGAACUUUUUCUAUCCAGUGCUUUUUGUGCUCUUCAUGUUCUUUGGAAUGGCUUUCAACUUCAUUGCCAAUGAUAGUCGGAAAAGGCCAAUUUGGAAUGUUCUGAUGUGGACUUCCCUUUUCGCGGGCAAUGGAGUCCUCCUGUGCUUUUAUUCUCAAGAGUGGUAUGCACGUCAACACUGCCCCUUGAAAAAUCCCACAUUUCUGGAUUAUAUCCGGCCACGUUCCUGGACUUGUCGUUACGUGUUUUAGAAGCUUGGACUUUGUUUCCUUCCUUGACUGAAGAUGGGGUAUUCUACCUGAUUUGGGGCCAGCAUCUGUUUCCAGCCGUUACUGAAGUUAUCUGUGUUAUUUGGACCACUCCAGGCUUUACAGAUGACUCACUCCAUUACUAGGUCACCUGAAGCUGAGCUGUUAGAAGUUUCCUGGAAGCCUGUACACUUUUAAGCAGUUCUUAAUUUUUUCCUUUUUGGGAGAAGGGAGACUUGUAGCUGAUAUAAUGACAGAUUUUUUGCUGGGUCAUAUCAGCUUAAACCUCAGAAAUUCUGUUUUGUUUCUUGAUUCCAUCUAAUUAGAGACUAAACAUCAUGUUUUCUUGGCCACUGAAUUAGCCAAAACAUUGAUGAAGAAAUCAUUUAAGUACCUCUGGCUUAGAAAUUUUUUCAUGUGCGUUGUUGGAAUGUAUGCUAAUUAACCAUGCAAUUGGGAAAGAAAAUAAUGUGGAAUGUUUUGCUAUUUCUAGUAGAGAGAAAAUAUCUAUUUUUCCAAAGAUAAUCUUGUUAUAUAUCCUAAUUUGUAUUUUUUUUCAGUUCUAUUCUAUUUUUAUCUUGUUUUUGCUAUACAGUGUAGGUCGUGAUGUCUGAAGCAAAAUUAUCCCUUUCACUUUGAAUUCUUGAGUUUGCAUCCAUAGUAUUAUAUAUUGAGGAGGACAGAAGUAGGAAGGGAAAAAGAAGUGGCACAGGACAAAGAAAAAUAUUCCUCUUUUAACUUCUAAAGUAAUUUUUAAAAACUUGCAGAGUCAAUCAUAUGUUUAAAUUAUUUUAUUGUGGAACUUAUGUGGAAGAUACCUGAAAGUUUAAACAACAAAAGUUAAUAACUUCUUUGAAGUUAUUUAGAAGUAACCUUUGGUACAGUUAUUUUUAUCUAAUAAAUACUGACGUGAAUUAUUUUUCAGACUAGUAAGUCUGUAACAUAAGUAUUAAUCACCACCAUUAAUAUUAAAGGGAAUAUUAAAGAUCCAGAAGCUGGCUUCUGCAUUUGCUCAAUUAUUAUACUUUUAAUGGUAGUGUACUUUA